GGGUGUAGCUGAGGGUGUAGCUCUCCCUGACCCCACACUGGGACUGUCUGUCUUUAAUGACAUCAGGCUGAAGGUAAACCUUGGUUCAGUCCAGCAGUGUUAAAGCCAAACAUGGAUUGGUUCCAGUGUUUGGCGGGAAACGAUAAAACCCUUCUUUUUUGUUCUUUGGUUAGUUUUGACGUCACUGUGUAAAAAGUAGCAGCAGAGUCCAGGGUUUCCACAGCAGUAAAGCCUGCGUCUGUGGAGAAACUCCAUGGACACCAGAAACACUGAGCCUCAUUCAGGGGUUUUAUGGACCUCAGCUUAGAAGAGAUCCAAACUGUGUGUGUGUGUGAGUGUGUGUGUAAGUUUACUGUCUCUACAUUAUAAAGGUGUUGGUGUUUGCAGCCUCUAACUAAAGGCCAGCAGACCUUGUCAGAAAAAAGUCGUCUUAUUUCCAUGCUGCACCUCAUCAGUGAUUGGGCUUAAUGGAAUAAACUGUUGUGUUGACCUUCUGAUAGUUCCAGGUACCAGAGCCAGUGGAAUCUGUGCUACGAACAAGACCCGGACAUGUUUGUCACUGUUCUGUUUGGAGACAACAGAAUGGAGUUGUGCAAUCUCAACUGCAGGCUGAGUGACUUGAUUCAACAUAUAAAGGGAAAGUGUGGUCUGGACUCCACAGAGUGUGUGGACCUGAUGGACAGCAGUGGUGCAGUGAUGAACCUGCAGGAGAAGCAGCACAGUGGAGCUCGAGCCAGCAGUGUCCUGCAGCAGAGGCAGUACUACGUCCUCCUGAGGGUCUGCAAAGACGACGUCACUGGAAGUCCAAAAUAUGUUCCUCUCUUAAACAGCUGCAGUCAAAGUAAACCUGAGUUCGUAGAACUAAUGAGGAAAUUGUCACACCUCAAGAACGCAGACAAAUCGUUAAGAAGAGGAGGGAGAAGGACGCAGAGAAGCAAACCUGGAAACCAAACCAGGAGUAAAGCUGCGCCUGCAAACAACAAGUUACGUUAAUAAAUAAUGAUUUCAACGGACAUAUUUAUUCAUUUUUGUAUUUAAUCUACGUCUAAAUCUAGGUCAAAAUCA